UGAGGUGAAUCGGUCCCCUGUAGUGAGUGUGGAGCACAAGCUUGGCCUUGAAUCAUGGUGCUUGAAGCAUGUGUACGCCCAUGGUCAUGCCAACAUCCUCAAGACUCGCCACUCUAAAAAGAUCCAAGACACACAUGGCAACAGUCCACAGUUAGCCGAGGAGACCCUAGACUUCAGCAGCAGGGUCGCGCAGAGGAGACGAGCAGUGAGUGCCGAGAGCCCGAGAUAGCCUGCGUCACACCCCUACAGACACCACGGCCUUGACUGCGUAACGGGAGGUGGAUGUGGUUCCCGGUGCAAUGAUUCUUUUAUUUUAGCUAUAGUGAGGGUUUAGUAAGCCGAACUGGGGCGGCUUUUCGGUGGCCAAGCCUUGCUGUGGGCGGUAGCAGGGCGGGCCGAGAGUGGAGCGAAUAUGUGGAGUGUGAGAGCUGUGGUGGAGAGUGUGGUGGAGCACGGCAAACGGGCUCUCCACCAGGUGCGCCGCAGACAGGCUCCCCGCCACCACCCAUUCCAGCGGCAGCAGGAUUUGCAGCACAAGCUGAGCAGGGGUGUGAGGGAGGGGGCAGGAGAGGCGGCGGCUGUGGGGUGUGUGGCUGGCCGGGCGGGAGUAGUAGCUAGUCGCCUGCGCCCCUUCACCACCCAACUCAUCCAGAGCAUCUUCCGGAGGGUCCCGGCACCUCUCUGGACAGAAGCACGACGCCGCACCACCCAGCGCCUUGUGUUUGGAGCCAGCGCACCUUAUUUUGCUUUGGUGGGAGUGACUUUGGUUGGCGGCUCCCAUGGCCUGGUGACCCGUGAUGAUGAACUAGAAGCUCUGUGUGGCACUGUGCGGGAGGCCAUCACUCGAGCUGGCUGGCUGCACAAUCCAGAGUUCUGGAAGUCGCAUAAGGAGGCCUCACAGCAACAGGUAAAAGAGCAACAGCAAGAGAAAUAUGAGAAGCAGGAACUGAAUGGAGAUGAGGAGCUUACAUUCUCUCUGGCAGACUUUACUUUGGGACCAGUCAUUGACAAAGGCUGUAAUGCUGUAGUGUAUGCUGCCAGAUGGAAGACAGAUGAAAGCACCAGUCUUCAAAGCCAGAUUCACCAGGAAGAGAAAAAAGAGGAUGAUAAGCCAGUCUCCUACAGUUCUGCCAUCAGGGAGGUGGUGCAGGGUCUUCCUCUCCCUCAGGGGUCUUUGAAUGGAUAUGAGGCAGCUGCCUUUCUGCAUCCUCAAGAUGAGAUAGAGACCAUCACAGCUGAUCUUGUUACAGACGAACAUGAGGAAGCACAGACAUCUACAGGGAAGUGUGAAUCUCAGGGAGCUGUUGCAAGGACUCCUACUACUCCCUGUGGUCCUUGUGAGGAUGUUCAGCAAGAGAAAGACACACAGAUAGAAGCAGCAGAGACUUGGCAUAAUGAAUUUCCACUUGCCAUAAAGAUGAUGUUCAACUAUGAAGCAGAGUCCAAUGCUCCUGCCAUUCUAAAGGCUAUGUACAAGGAGAUCUUGCCAGCUCAGUGUGCGCAGCUCGACCCAGCACAGCAAGAGUGGCAGGAGAGACUGUGUGGACCACGGGUAUGCCUGCCACCUCAUCCCAACAUAGUGGACAUGCCAUGUGUGUUUGUGGAUCGAGUGCCAUUGCUGGAAGGUUGUCUUGACCUUUACCCACACGCUCUACCAGCUCGACUGAACCCUCAGGGAUAUGGACGCAACAUGAGUCUCUUCUGUGUCAUGAAACGGUAUGACAUCAGUUUGAGAGAGUACCUACAAAAGUACCAUCCCUCCCAGCACACUUGUCUGUUGCUGCUCACCCAGCUCCUGGAGGGGCUACUCCAUCUUCACACCAACAACAUAGUACAUAGAGACCUGAAGUCAGACAACAUCCUGCUGUCCCUAGCAGAGGGAUGGCAGUACCCUCUUCUGGUUGUAUCUGAUUUUGGUUGCAGCCUUGUUGGUGACAACUCAAACCUCUCUGUGCCCUUCCCCAGCAGAGAGGCUGAUCCUCGCCAGGGUAAUGCAGCACUCAUGGCACCUGAGGUAAAAACAGCCAUGCCAGGGCUGCUUUCUUCAGUCUUCUUUGGCCAGAGUGAUUUGUGGGCAGCUGGCACACUCAUUUAUGAGAUUUAUGGCUUAGACAACCCUUUCUCUCCUGCUGCUGCAUUGCAUAGAAGAUCAAAGCAGCUUGAUUCAGCUACCUACAAAGAGUCCCACCUGCCCCGUCUACCACGUACUGCCCCACCUUGGAUACGGCAUCUCACUGCUGACAUCCUGCGCCGUAACCCUCGUACACGGCCAACUGUUAAUGUUGCAGCAACAUUAUGCCAGCUGAUGCUGUGGGCUCCCAGCAAAUGGCUCAAUCGGCAUUCCCUUUCUCUUCCUACUCAUACUGAGGUCACCCAGUGGCUGUUGUGCCUGGCAACCAAAGUCCUGUGUGAGGCCAGGCUUCCUCAUGUCCAUGCAUCCACACAACGAGAGAGGAAGAGAAAUGCAGGACUUGAAGGAAAUGCAGACCAUCAAGGGAGCCAACUGGAAUACCAGCUGGUAUCCACUUUCUUGGGGAGAGUUCAUUAUGUGGACAUAAUACAGGCCAUCAAGUGGAACAGAGCUUUCUGAGGAUAUGCAGUACCUUAGAAGUAGAUAACUUUGUCCACAUGUUGUCCAGUUAUCAUUGCUGAGUUUGUCAAGGCUUAUCCAUAGGAUUCUUAGCAGUUGUAGUUAAGCACAAAAAGUUAAAGAGAAACUUUUCUGAAAGCCAUGUAGCCAUUUCUUGAUCCACAUGACAUGUACUCAUCUGAUAUUUUCUUUAUAUGGAUGUCUUAGCUCACUUAUCCAUCCAGGUUCAAGAAAUUUUGGAGUCCAAUCAUACUAGUAAUUUUUGUAAACAGGCUCUUUGCAAACAUUUUCCAAACUUUAUAAAAUUAGGAACAAAAUUUCCAGAAUGUUUCUUGUUCAAAAUAGAAAAUACUUUUGAGUGCAUCCAUGUGUGUAUAUUUGAAUAUUCAUUUAUGAACAUUGUCACCAUGAAGUGUUUUAUUUUUUAGGAACUUGCAUAUUUUUUUUUCUCUGAGGGUGAUUGUCACUGUAGUGAAUGCAAUAUCAAAUAGCAGUAAUGCAUAGGUUACUGCAGUAAUCUCAUUUAUUGACAUCAUAAGAUUAAUUGAGGUUUAGAUAGAGGCAUGGUUUUCUUCCAAAGGUUGAAAACUACUAGAAAAUUGUUUGUGAAAAAAAAGAAUAUUCCUGGUGUGGAUGAGUCAUUACAAACAAAUUUCAGUAGUCUUGUACUUCAUGGAGAUUAAUAUCAAACCCUACUUGAAGUAAUAUGAUACUGGAUUCAUUGAUAAUAUUGACAUUGAUUUUUAAAGGAAACAAUUAUUGAAGCUUAGCUUUUGAACAGUGCUGUGUCAGUUAACCAUUUGGCAAGGUGAUACAAUCCAUCCAGGAGAGAUUGAGAUAUCUGCUCCCACCUUUUCACUGAAGAUUGAUAAUAAAUUAGACUACACUCAUUCAUAAGUAUUGGUGGGUCAGAUAGCUGUAGCAAAACAUGCUUGGUCCUCUUGAGAGUGAACCAUUUAGCCAAAAGCAUCAGCCUAUGUCAAGACAACUGCAUCCAGGAGCUUCACACCACUGAUUCAUAGCCUCCCUUCAGCAUCCUUUGAGGCAUGUUGUUACAACGUUUCUACAUCCUGGCUUAAUGUAUGAUAUAUAAUAAUUCUGCUUGCAAAUAUAGGUAAAAUGAGAGGGUUUUCAUCUGAGACAUAUAGUCAAGUCUCAAGAAAGCAGGUAAAUUAGGGAAAUCAUGGAACAGUUGGCACUAUCUAGGGCAAGUCAAGUGAUGGUUCAUUGAGUAAGGGAAUUGUGACAUGGCACAUGUUAAAAAAAUAAGAGGGCCAAGUUUGUUGUCAAGGCCACCAAAUACUUAUGGUUACUGCAUUCCAAUAUGUCCUAAGGCAAGCUGAAGGCAGGCCAUGUGUAGCAGUGCAAAGCAGACGGAUGUAAUGAAUGCCGCUUUUAGCUAAAAUGGUUCAUCCUCAAGAGAGGACUAUGCUUUAUUUUGCUGGAAGUAUCAGACCACCCCUAGCCAGGGGUCCAAUAUUCAUAAGUAAGUAGUAAGUAGCUGUUCACUAAUGCUUCUUAAUGAGCUGUAUACAUAGUAUAAUUGUGUACUCUUUCAUCCAGAUCACAUUGUAUAGUGAUGUGGAAAGUUGCAUCACAAGAGCCUUGCCAUUGGAGAUUAAUGGCAAACACAAUUGUAGCAUGACAAAAUGCAAAAAAGAAGGCAAUUUCUAAAAUCAAUUACUACCCGGAAAUUAGCUUUACAUCUUUGGAUUGCCUAUAAUUUCUUCACUUUACUUAAAAAGUGGUUUAGUUAAUUGUAUAAUAAAACUAGUUCCUAACUAUUAUUAGUAAUGUAAUGCCAUCCUCCAGGUAUAAUUAAUUGUUUGGUAAAAUUAACUAUAUAUUGGCUUAGUCAUUCGUGAUUGGCCCAGAUACUCCAUAGUUUUUUAUAUUGUCCCCAUUAUCUUCUAUCAAAAAGAGUAUCCAUUAAGGUAGAAUUCUGUGUUACCCAGAUGCCAUGGAUUAUAAAACUAUCCACAAUGCAAGAAUGCCUACAAUAAUGUAAUGAACUGAUGUUGACAAAUGUUGGCUGCGACAUAUCUUGGCUAAAAUAUUCAGCUUGAGAUGUUGAAAACUAGUGUUGUCAAAUCAGUCAUUACAAUCAUUCAUCUACAGGAAAAAUAUUUCUGGAAAUAUAAUUUGAUAGUUAACAUUAACUAUCACAAAUAGAGGAGGAUGUUAGAUAUGUUUUCAUGUGAUUAAAAGUUAGCUAGUAAACAUGGGUAUGGUCAGGGAGUGCUUGACAAAACUGUAUGCAGACCAUGCAAUUGUACAGUCUUCUCCCUGCAGUGCUGCUAAAGAAAGAGGACAAAGCAACUGCUUAGCAAUGUGGACAUGACUUAAUAGUUCUGAUUUUUGCCUAUAUUGAGAUUUGGGAAUAAUACUUUACAACAAAAAUAUGGUUGUUUGGGUUUCACUAAUAUGGGAUUCUACUAGUUACCAUGGUUAUUAUCAAAUGGGUUGGUUACUACUACUACUCGAAUGUAGUGUUUUCUUGUACUAUAGUAACGUAUUGUGACCAACAGGUAGGGGUGGCUGUGUUUCACUAAUUGCAGACAAUUGCAUAAAGUCUGACAUUAAAUUUUUUAAAGUGCCUGAAGCAGGAGACUGUGAUGAAUUGUACAGUAUAUCUCUAUAUAUAUUUAGAUAUGGAAAAUAAAGAAUAUAAAUAAUAA